AUGACAGCUUAUACUGGCAAAACUUGCAGUUGUAUACGUAGGUUUGGUUCACUCUUCAACGUUGCUCGACUUAUAGCAGAUGAUUUUAGACUCGGGUUUGAAAAAGGUCCUUGGUGGCAACGUAUCUUUGAUGGGUAUAGCAUCACCACUUGGAUGGUAGUUCUGAAUCUCGGAUCCACCGGCUUACUCGUCUCGUGGCUAAUGAAGUAUGCAUACAAUAUUGUGAAGGUUUAUUCUACAUCAAUGGCGAUGCUGCUUACUAUGGUUGCAUCCAUAUACCUCUUCAGUUUCAAACCAACAGUGCAGGUUCGGAUAUAA